AUGGCAGGUUAAACCAACACAUACUCGCCCUAUCCUGAGAAUGAAUAGUUCGGGGCUCUAAUUCUAUUGAUUUUUGUCUCAGGACUUGCUGGCAUUGCCUUAGGUCUACUGGGUGGAUUCCAUUUCCCGGCAUUUUUAUGCUUCAAAGGUUAUCACUUGAAGCCUAUUAUCAGAGGAAUAGUAAUCCCUCCCUUGAUUGCAAUGAUUAUAAUGGGAUGCAUUGUAAGAAACUACUUUGGAGAAAAAAUGAUCCCAUAUCCACAACCUUGGACCGGCUGGAUCAGAGGGUUUUGUCUCUGCAUUUUACUUAUUAGAGGAGGUUUACAGGUUUCUUUUACAGGUAAAGGUUUGAUGGUGGUUUUCCUAUCUUUUAUACCCUAACUUUUUGAGGCAACCGUUGUAGCCUUCAUGGCCUAAGGACUAUUUGAUAUGCCCCUUGCAAUGGGUUAUGUCCUUGGAUAUAACCUCGCAUGUAUUAGUCCUAGUAUUAUAGUUCCUGGGCUGAUGAGUUUAAAUGACAGAGGUUAUGGUAAAAAGAAAAACAUCGCAGGAACACUGAUUGCAGCUGGAACUUUUGAUGACAUAAUCUGUAUUAUUUGCUUCAGUAUCUGCAAAACAAUCGUUUUAAAUGAUGCUGGUUUUAAUUCUGGCUAAAGUAUGGGUCUUGCUAUUGGAAUGCUAUUUGUUUCUUUCAUUGUAGCAUUAGUUAUCGGUGUAGCAAUGGGUCUACUAGGUUGGUUCUUUAAAUUCAUUAAAAACCCUACAAUAAGAAUCUAUUCAAAGCUAGCAUUCUGUGUUGUUGGAGCUAUGUCCUUUGUUAUUAUGGAAGAAUAUGCUGGAACAAAAGAUACAAAGUACAUGGCGGCGCUGUUCUUUGGAUAUACUAACUUUAGAAUAUGGGGCCAAGACAAACCUGCCAAGCAAAUCGCCUGGUUCUGGUUCUUUAUUCAGCCUUGCCUCUUUGGAACUGUUGGAGGAUCGCUUCUUUUCAGCUAGAUUAGAUCUAGCGAUUUAGGAUAUGGAGCUUUAAUGAUAAUAAUCGGUGUCACUGUUAGAGUGAUAGUAGUCGUCAUUGUGACUCAUUCAAAAACAUUAAAUUUAAAAGAAAGAUUGUUUAUGGGUAUUACUUGGAUUGGAAAGGCAACUGUUUAAGCUGCCUUGAGUGCUCUUCUUUUAAAUGAGGUAAAAAAAUUCCCAAAGAAUGCUAAUUAUUAAGAAUACUUUGAUUACUCUAAUGCUUAAUAAACUAUUGCCAUAUUCUCAAUCGUUAUCUGUGCCUCUAUUGGAUCAAUUUUACUAAAUUCAACCGGCACAAAAUUAUUGAGCAAGGAAGAAGAUGAAAAAGAAAAGACCAAGGUAGAUCAAGAAAAGCAAGUAGAAUAGAUUGAAUAAAGAGAGAACAUUAAUACUGAUCAGAACUAGUCAAUAGAACAAUAAGAAGAUGAAGGGUAGUCAAUGAUGAAUGUUAAUUUGUCUGAAGGAGUUACUGAAAAUCAUUUAUCAAAGAGAAUUCCUGUAACUACAUCUCCUUCAAGAACUCAGAUGAUAGAAUAUGAGCAAAGACUAGAAGAUGAAGUAGUAAGAAUAAACGCCAGUAGUGUUGAAAUAAAAUUUUGA